AUGCAAGCCUCCCUACUCCUCGCCGUAGCCCUAGCGGCCUUCAGUGCUAGAGCCGACGAUUCCAGCAGCACAAUAGUUGGUUACUUCUCUCCACCAUGGAGCGCAGGUCUGCUAGAGUACGGCGGUUGGACCAGCACUGCUGCUAGCCUCGCCCACAUCAACACUGCCGCGGCCACAUACCAUGUCGGCUGUGUGAAGGACGCUCCCAAGACCGACUGCGACUACCCUUCGUCGUGGACGAUCAUCCAAGGUCCUGAAACAGUGAGCGUCACCGGCGUAUAUAUCGCGUCAACCUCGGAUAAGACCACAAGCUACGAUAUCACCGUCACCCAGUCGUACGAGUGCUCUCUGAAAUCUUCAACAGAGUCGGCCAGCUGCACCAUGAGUGCGGGCAUGAGCGGUUCCAUGGAUGGAGGAACAUAUGCUUCCUCCACUUCCAGCAAGGCAACUUACACAACGGCGCCUAUUGCCAACUCGUACUAUCAGCUGACAGUCACUGCGGGACUGAGUUCAUUUACGGGCCCUGAUGCCACCAAGGCACCGGGCGCUGCUGCCACUGGGCCCGCGGGUUCAAUGAUUACGGCUGUCCCUGUAGUUGCUGCUGCCGUGGCUGUUUUGUUGUAA